UCUCCUUUCAUGUCACUAACGCCACAAAUGUUCGGAACAAGCCAAUUUAAAUCCAGUUCCGCUCAGGGAAAGACGAAAGCGACGGAGCAAGUCCCCUCCAAGCGCGCGGCAACGCCACCGCGUGAUUCCAUUUUGGCAGGCAUGUCUUGAAGGCGACCCAAGUCCAAUGCCCAGCAAUCGUCGAGACCGACGGGCCUCGUACCCUGCUGGCCGACACGAGAGCAGCAGAAGCCCAAGGCAGGGACAUCGCAAACGCCGCAAGGAGAUUGACGACGACGCCGUGUCCUCCACCGUCGACCUCGUCUGGGAUUCUACGCCUCGAAAGCACCAUUACUCGCCCAGGACCAUCAAGAAGCUUACGAGGCACAAGUCUACAGACGACCACUCAGACUCCGAUCAUUCUUCCGAAACUGGGGCGUCCGAAGGAACGACCACCCGUCCACUGCGAAAACGGCUCGCUGGAGCAAUUCGAAGGCUUCCUUUUCUGCGGAGCGACUCUUCCUCGUCGUCUUCGUCUCCAAGGACGUCUGCAGAUGUGCCAGCGCAAGGUGACCUCGACUUGGAGACCGACUAUGGCAGUUCCAGGCCAUCGUCUCCCGCUAAAGGAAGCUGGUAUUGGAAGAACCAGGUGCCGUCGGGCACUUCGUCGACGAGUACAAGUGGGAUGUUCAAGCGGCCCACAACUCCCAACAGUGUUUUUGCCGUUUUCAGCACUGCCAUCGUACUUCUCUGUGCUGGUUCGCUGCUCUACCUCUACGUGAACUGGUCCAAUGAUCGCUUAGCCAUGUCGCGGCACAAAAUGCCUUCCCCUGAAAACAUGUCCAAGAAGGACAUUGAUGGAGAGACACUGAUGCCAACGAAUGACCCGCAGCAAGCUCCUGGAAUACUGGCCCCAGAACAUACAACAACGCAUCCCAAACCUUCAGUGACUGCGACAAAAAUAUCCGAGCGUUUCAAUGGGACACUUCGUACAUUAUCGGACACGACAGAGCCCAACUCACCCUUAUCUACAACGGGAAGCAUCGUCAAAGAAAGCCUACGAGGUUCUUGUCUCAGCCGGUUCUGUCUGGCCCAUUCCGCUUUCCUGAAGGGUUUUAUUGACUGGUCCGUGGAUCCGUGCGGUGACUUCUACGGUUUUGUGUGCCCAGUGGAGUGGCCGAGCCAGAGAGCAGUGUCUUCAGAUGCGCGCUUGUCCGAUCAAGUUGAUCGUGUGCUCUAUCGUUCGUUCCGGGAUCGCAUGGGUGUCGGGACUCGCGGUAAGGUUAAGGAGAAGGCUAUAGCCCUCAUCGAAGACUGUUGGAGGAAAACCGUACCAAAGUCUUCCCGACGAGAGUUCCGCGAGAUCCUCGAAGACGUUGGGAUUGGUCGCUGGCCCUUCAAGAACAACAAAGAUCAUGUCGAUGUGUGGAAAGUGGCGGCUACCCUUAUCCGUGAUCUACAGCUCGACACGCUCAUGUCGGUAGAUGUUGAAGAGUACGUAACGAACGUGGUUGGCGUCGUUAUCGUCAUCAAUGAACCCGACCUCCUGAUUGGUCAGUACGGAACGAAGGACAAAAGGCUACCACGGUGGUACUAUUCUGCCAUUGUGUCCUGCUUCCAAAUGUUUCGCGAUUACGACUUCAAUGCUACCGUAAGAGGCGUCAAAGAAUUCUCGGAGAAACUGUCCGAGAUCACCAGUUCUCGUGGUCAGGAAGACUUUUCCGCAAACCGCUUCCGCCUUGCAACAGUCGGUAGUUACGCUGUCUACAAGCCUCUUUUAUCCUUCGUGUUCAGGGGUAUCUUAACUGUUCGCGACAAGACCAAACUUCUCGUUAAGUCUGACCGCUACCUCCGGGCGCUGAAGUCUCUCCUUCAAAUGACCAAGGCGUCAGACGUUCUCAACUACAUGGGUUUUCGAGUUCUUUUGCACGUCUCUCCCUUCAUGACUGAAGAAUACCGUGAGUUCUACAACAUUCGCAUGCGCCAGGUCUCUGGGCAGAAGUACACCCGCUCCUGGCCGCGCUGGAAAAGGUGUCUCCGAGUUCUGGAACAUAUCUUCAAGGACCUCUACCUCUUCACGUACGCCCGUUACGUGGACGCGAAAGUAGAAGAAAACAAAAUUACUUCGUUUGCAACAGACGUCAAAGGACACGUCCUCACUGCCUUCGGCAAUCUACCAUGGAUGGUGUCUCAAGACAAAGCCAAGUCCAAGAAUCUUCUGGCUUCUCUGCAGAUUCGUUUCUUUUACCCAAAGACAAUUACCAAGUUCCAAGAAAAUAUGCGGUACGCCACAUACAUGCCUCCCAUACCUGGGCGUCUGUUGUACACGUACAGGGAAUACACUAAGAGGACCGUUGUAGACAGAUUCAGCUCAGUCAUCAAUCGAAAGGGACCCCGCAUCAACAGAAUGUUCUGGAAGGGUUCAGUCUUCGCAACGUACCCUAGCUUCGACGUCAUAUCCCACACCAUCUACGUACCCAUGGCCAUAUUGGACCUUGCAGAGCUGAACAACGAAGACUCUUUCGCUGUGCAGGUACCUCGCAUCUCGACUCGUAUCAUCAUGUCGCUCCUUCAGGGUGUCCAUCCUCGGAGCUACUCCUUCGGCAAAGUGGAAUGGGCUCUCAACACCUCUCUUUCCGUUCAAAACAUAGAACUGUGCCUUACGAUGCAGUAUCGGAACAUCACCAACGAAAUGGUGGCCGAGAAGCUGCGUGCGUCGCUAACAACAGAGUACAAUUUCUUGGAUAACGCGGCCGUGAAGCCGGCUUACGAAGUGUUCAUGAAAUACCUCAAGGACCACAAUAUUGGAGUGACCGACACGGGUGGAUUGAGGAGCUUGACAACGGAGCAUCUGUUCUACAUUCUCUACGCUCAUGGAUUAUGUGAAGAGGGCAACGCUGAGAUGACUCGACAAGAAUUCCAGGAGGACACAUACAGCCAGCCACGGCUCAGGGUCAAUAUUCCCCUGCAGAACUCGAAGAGGUUCGCCAAGUUGUGGAACUGUACUUUAAAUUCGCCGAUGAACCCCGCGCGGAAAUGUCCGUUGUGGAGUUCCGGUUCGUAGACAGUGGAAAGUGCGGCUUUUUUGUUUUAUGGGGAUCAUGGGGAAUAGUAUGAACAUUAUCGGUUUGUACAUAAUGUGCCUGAUAUAAUGUUGUUUUAAGUGUG